AUGGCCCAUUACCGGUCCGGCAAGAACAACAUUGAACUGCUGUCAAGAAACAUGGCUGAUGCGUCAGUCAAUGACAAGUUCUCCCAAAGGAGGACCUAUGGUGAGUAUGAUAAAACCUCUGUCCCUGAGGAGACUGAUGACGUCUCUGAGGAACAUCAAAUCCGUGCUCCUGAUAACAGAAGUGAGGAGGAGUGCUGGUCAGGAGAUGGUGAUGCCUGUGCCAACACCACUGCCUCUGACUACUCUGAAUCUGAGCUAGAACAGGAGGAGACAGUGCGCAAGGUUAGCAACCUAGCUGGAGACUUACGUUUCUACCACGCCGAAGUUCUUCCUCUGCGAGCAGAAACGCGCCGCUGUGAGGAAGGAGCUUUUUUUCCCGACUCAAAGGCCCUCGCUAGACGACGUCGAGCUCGAAGAUUCGCCAUGAAGCGGUGCCAAGGGUGCGACGCAGCCGUGGAGGGUACGGACCCUCACACUGCUUGCGUUAUGUGUCUCGGCGAGACCCAUGCUCUCGCGGCCUUAACUAAGGUGACCUGCACCGCCUGCGCUGCACUCGGGGCGCAGGAGCUACUGCGCCGGGCAAGCAUGCACCGCGAAGACGCCAGUUGGGCUGACUUCCCGGAGCCUUUUGCCAUGCACUCUCAGGAGGACAGACCGAACCUGCGCGAUGGCAGGGUUCCGUCUGACACGGCCCAUCUGGAAGAGGCGCUCCUGACCCUCGCUAACAGCUCUGGGGACGAGGACGACGACCUCCUUCUCCACUCUAGCGCCGAUGCAACGAACAAUCUUGCUAUCCUAGCGAUAGCACAGACGAACUUGAUCGAGUCCCUUACUUCCUCCCUCGCAGAUGAUGUUUCUGCCGAGCUGAGGAAGAACGCGGGCGCAAUCCUGCACCUCACCCAGGGCUGGCAUCAGCGCAUGGUGAUUUCUCAGUCAAAAGGGGCCUUUUUCCCCGACAUUCAGGCAGUAUUGGAGUCCUCGCCGGCUCAGAAUCGAAGCCGGCCAGGACUCUACGUCGGCCUAUCACAGAUAAGCACCAGGUCGCUGGCUCGAAUUCGACCCCGCCCCCACUUAAGAGCCGGGCUUCUGCAGAUUCAGAAGCCCGUGAAAGACGGCGGUGUGAGACCAAUACUGGACCUGCGAGCUCUGAACCGUCAUUUGGUGAAACGACGUUUUCAGAUGCUAACGCACAAGCGCGUAAUGAGCUCAAUCAGCCAAGGGGACUGGUUCACGCUCGUAGAUUUAAAAGACGCUUACUUCCAUGUGAACAUUGUGCAGCGCCAUUGGCAGUACCUUCGUUUCGCUUUUCUGGGAAGAGCGUACGAAUUUACCAAACUCCCAUUCGGUCGCUGCAUCAGUGGAAUCACGAUUAUGCGCCUGUUGGGUUUAAUGGCGGCAGCAAUCGCCGUGGUUCCGUUGGGAUUGCUACGCAUGAGACCGGUGCAACUCUGGCUCAAGCGAAUGCAUUUCGAUCCAAUGAGAGACCGCGCAAAGCUGUUUCGCAUUCCGCAGUCGGUUGUGAGAGCACUCUCGCACUGGCGAGAUGGGCGAAUGCUGAGUGUCGGUGUGCCAAUGGGCGCUAUCUCCACUCAUGUCCCUGUAUACACAGACGCCUCCACCAAGGGGUGGGGGGCGGUCUGCAAUGGAAUGAUGGCGAGCGGGUUGUGGAACCCUCCUCUGCCUCAUAUCAAUGUGCUGGAGAUCACAGCAGUAUGGCUUGCAUUACAACGUUUCGAACCCCUUCUUCGGGGCAGACACGUUCUAAUCAGAAGCGACAACAAAGCGACAGUCGCUUACGUAAACCGAGAGGGCGGCACGAAAUGUCCACAUCUACACCGGCUGGUGGUGAGGAUCUGGACUUGGGCAUACCCGCGAGUUCGCUCCUUACGGGCGCUCUACGUCCCGGGGCAGCUGAACUGCGGCGCAGACCUCUUGUCUCGGGGCGGUCCCUCCCCCCUAGAGUGGUGUCUUCACCCACUCGUGGUAGCGGAGGUGUGGUCACGCUUUGGGAAAGCGAGAGUGGAUUUAUUCGCCUCCCGACAGAAUGCGCAUUGCCCAUUAUGGUUUGCGAUGACAGCAACCGGCUCGCCCCCACUGGGAGUGGACGCGCUAGCCCAUUGCUGGCCCAAGGGCCUCCUUUAUGCCUUCCCUCCCUUUGGUCUGGUACCGCAGGUACUAGCCAAAGCGAGAGAGGAGAGGAAACCCCUGAUUUUGAUCGCGCCAGAUUGGCCGCACAAACAGUGGAUGGCCGAUGUAGCCCUGCUGCUGACCGACGUCCCGUGGCGACUUCCCCAGCGCCGGGACCUCCUGUCUCAGGGGGCGGGGACUAUUUUUCAUCCCCACCCAAGCAGGCUGCGCCUCACGGCUUGGCCCCUGUUAGGAGCAGGCUCAUGA